UUAUGUUUUUGAUUAUAUUUUACUUCGUCAUAUCUUUGAAACUCAACAAGUGUGUCGAUCCUUUCAUUACAGGCGGGGAACAUACAAAAUAUAGACAUUAUCCGCAUGCAGUAUUUUUAAUUGUACAUGGCGAUGGGGACCUUGUGUGUGGUGGGUCUGUUCUAAAUCAAGUCAUUGUCUUAACCGCCGCACAUUGUUUACACCCAUACGAAGACGUAAAACACAGAGGAAUUGAUGUUAAAUAUGGACACGAAUCGAUUGGGAAAAUGAAGACAACCCAUAUGAAACAUUACAUGAACCAUGAAAAGUAUGAUGAUGUAAAACUGAUUAAUGAUAUUGGUUUGGUACUGACAAAGAGCAAGAUACCAUUGGGUAUCGUCAAGAGGAUAAUUCUGUUGAGAAACCCGCCUCUAGUAGCAAAUGCAUAUGUGUCUGGAUGGGGGUAUGAUGAGUACGAAGACCUUCAGAAUACAUUAAAACACACUAAUGCAAAACUGCAGAACCUUGAAAUGUGCCGUGGUAUGGGCUGGAUGCCAAGAGGAGUCUUCUGCGCUGGCCCUUUCACUGGACAGGGCUCAGCCGACAGGGGUGAUUCGGGUGGUGGACUGAUAGUUCAGGACUAUAUACAGAUUGGUAUUGUAUCAUACAAAAUGCCGUCAAAAAGUUUGGUCGGCUACACGAACGUCUCGUACUAUUUGGACUGGAUACAAAACCAUACUGAAACCCUAUAUUGUGCUAAAUAAAGUAUUUUUUUAGUCGGCACUUUUAUAAAGCAUUUGCUUCAAUAAAGUGUC